AUGUUGUCCAGGAAGCGGAAACUUGAAGAUGUGGAAACCAUUACUCUCAAUGCAGAGUGUAGUGCAGUUAUUCAAAAAUCAAUUCCGCAAAAGUUAAAAGAUCCUGGAAGCUUCUCUUUGCCAUGCACUAUUGGAAAUAUGGAGAAUAUUAAAGCCUUGUGUGAUUUGGGGGCUAGUGUGAGUUUGAUGCCAUACUCCAUUUGCAAGAGGCUUGGUCGUGGAGAGCUCAAGAAGACAAGAAUCUCACUUCAGUUGGCAGAUCGUACAAUCAAGCAUCCUUUGGGGGUCGUUGAUGAUGUUCUUGUCAAGGUCGAUAAAUUAUUUAUCCCUUGUGAUUUUGUGGUGUUGGAUAUGGAUGAAGAUGUGGAGAUGCCCAUAAUCACCGACUUCAUUCUCUAUCCCAGCACCAGUAUGAAAUUAAUGUAA